CAGGGCAGGGCCCUGAGCUCGGCCCCGGGGCUCAGCCGUAGGCACGGGCACGUCGCUGGCGCUGUCGUCGCUGCUGUCGCUGCUGCUGUUCGCCGGGAUGCAGAUGUACAGCCGGCAGCUGGCCUCCACCGAGUGGCUCACCAUCCAGGGCGGGCUGCUGGGCUCGGCGCUCUUCGUCUGCUCCCUCACGGCCUUCAACAACCUGGAGAACCUCAUCUUUGGGAAGGGCUUCCAGGCCAAGAUAUUCCCUGAGAUCCUCACCUGCCUCUUGCUGGCCCUGUUCGCCUCUGGCCUCAUCCACCGGGUCUGUGUCACCACCUGCCUCAUCUUCUCCAUGGUGGGUCUCUACUACAUCAACAAGAUCUCCUCCACUCUCUACCAGUCCACAGCGCCCGUCGCUCCCCCUGCCAAGGCUGUUGGCAAGGGCAGGAAGAGAAAUUGAUGUCCUGCUGCCCCUUCCUGGGGCAGCCCCCUCCCUGCGGCCGAUCCGGGACUCCCCCCUGCCCAAUAAAGCCAUUUCUUUGUA